AAGUCAUUGUCGAGGAAAAAUGUUAUCAUCUUUGCAAAUUUUAACGACUACAACAUCAUUUCUAACAAGUUCUAACGAAUGCGAGCGAUUCUAGCAUUUAUCCAUACAGAUAUUCAAACACCCGAUAAAUUCAAUCAUUAUUUUCCGUUCACUGUAAACAUCGCGUGGUUAUGCACAUAAGCAGAAAAUAAACGGUUUCUUGAAAGAACCAAAGAGACGAACGGAACAUUCUAGCAUACUCUCGCGUAUUCUUUCGGCCGUUUCCGUGAACGUUCGACUAUGCUCGGCUCGGUAAUCACGUGGUUUCAAACGUACCACCCAACAAAUAUAUAUUUAAGUUGCUCUGGCCGCGCGCUGACAGUUUCACUAUCGACCUGAAAGCAGUGUGUGAAGACGUGCGUUUUCGAUAUUCUCGAGAAGAACAAUUUUUUUGAAUACAAAACCUUUUGAUACGCGAGUGUGUGAUAGUGCUAAGAAAAGAGACGAGUGACACACGAGUGGCCAUCCUAUACAAGGAAAAGGAAAACAAGAAAUUUAAGCAGGAAGAAAGAAGAUCGAACGAAGAAGCGCUGGACUAAAACGACUUUGUCACGCAUUGCUCUUCUGGUAAUCAUUGACAGACCCUUAGAAAAAAACGAGUGUGUUGCCAAUACGUUUAAUUUUUGUUCGGCUUUUUGUUAACCACGCCGGCACAGUUUAGCGAGCUUCUUUGCUGAUCCCCUGAAUAAACAAGCAAAACGUGUGAAAAAAAAAACAAUACCUUAACCUGCAGAGAGCUCUUAACGGCAACGGGCCGUUAAGUGUGUGAAAAAGCCAGACUAUUAAAGAACACAGAGGCAGAAAAGGAAUCCACGUAUUAUUAAGCAGGCACGGAUCGAAAGAGUCCACAAAAUGGACUCGCCUGUCAUCUUGGACAAAGCAUCCGAAUUCGGAGAACCGAUCGAUUUGGACCGUCCGUUCCGUGGGUUCCUGUUCGACGACGACGGUUUUGGUCGACGCAGCGACAUUAGGUCUCACUUGGACGAUUUAGCGGCUCGUCGUCCGGAAUUCGCUGAUCUCUUAAACGACAUACCAUUCCACAGUUCGUUCCGUAACCGGAAUCGUGGCCCCGGGAACGGCGGAAACAACAACAACAGCAACUAUCAGGGUUAUUCGGACGAGGACGCGAGAAGUCAGGCGAGCGGAAGCAGCGCCGCCAGCGGUGCGAGUGGUGUCAGCUCUCACGGCGAAUCGGAGGCCAACCAGAAUCAGCAAGACAAUCGAUCUCGAAAUUUCGAGCAGUCGAGCAGGAGGAGCCAGAUCCCGCAGUACGGGCUGCGUAACACGGUGGACAUAGGUCAACACCACCACAACAUGGAGAAUCCCGGCAAAGGAAAUCGUGGGAAGCGUUCGAUGUCUGCUCCGCCAGAAAACAAACAAUCGUCGAAUCAGCAACAAUCGCAGCAACAAAACCAGGAGCCUCAACAGUCACAGGGACAGAGGUAUAUCUCCAGGAUAGACAUAACGCCUCAACACAAUCAACCUCAGCAAUCACAGAAGCCACAGCAGCAGCAGCAGCAACCGCAGCCACAGCCGCAGCCGCAGCCGCCAUCGCAACAACAAUCGAAAUCACAACAGCAGCAGAGCAACAUCAGACACAUACCGAUUUUCGUCGAGGGCAGGGAUGAACCUUUACUACCUAGAAGCUUCGACGAGCCACAUUUCAGACGAGAACCCUCUCCCACGCAAUUCAAUUCACCGCCUUAUUUCCAGAGACAGUCCCCUUUUGGACAGUCGUCGUUCGGAAGGUCCCACCAAUGGUCGCCCGACUUCCAAGAUCCAUUCUAUUCUCAACAAACCGCUUACGAGCAACCCACGCGUCGACAGCAACAACAAACUCAGUUCCAACAGCCUAAACAGCAGCAAUACGCCGAGAGACAACCACAGCAACAACAUCACGAGCAACCGAGACAACAGCAAAAACAACCUCAGCAACCACAACCACAACAACAACAGCCUCAACAGCCUCAACAGCCUCAACAGCCUCAACAACCACAGCAACAGCAAGACCCACCAAAGCCCAAACCCUUCGUUCCAAAGGAUCCUUUGGAAAGGGUAGCCCUUGUUCAAAAAGAAGUGGACUCUCUCGCCGAGCAAGUGAAAUUGUACACCAGAAAUUCGAGAGCGGACAAAGAGUACAUCUACCUCGACGAAAUGCUCACCAGGGAGCUGAUCAAACUGGACGACAUAGAGACCGAGGGCAGAGAUAACGUCCGACAGGCGCGCAAAAACGCGAUAAGGACCAUACAGGAAACCAUCAGUCUAUUGGAGUCGAAGGCGCCUCUUCCUUCUCAACAAACGACGCCCGAGAAACCGGAGAAACAAGUAUCCGAUGACGUCCAGAAGCCCAAGCAAAGCGAGUCCAUGGAAGUGGAUCAGAAACUGGAGGAACAGUCGCAGACCAACGAUCCAAUACCUCUACCAGCUGGUCCAUCGUCUCCGUCGAAAAUGUCCGAAGACAACGAUAGCUCGAAUGAAAAGAUAAAAAAUCCCGACAAUAAUCAAGCCAAUGAGCAACAGAAGAUUUCCGAACCUAUGGACAUCGCUGCUCCUGUAGAGAAGUCCGACUCUACGCCAAUGGAUGUGCAGCAGACCACCGAACAGGUGAAUACACUUGAGAAGACAGAAGUUUCUGAAGAAAAUAAGGGGAGCAUUCCUGAAGAGAAAACGGAAAACGUCACCGAAGAGAAGAAGCCAGAGGAUGAUUCUGACAGGAAGAAAGAUACAGUUUCUGAAGAGACGAAGCCAGAGAGUGCGUCUAAGAAGCCAGAGACUGUAUCCGACGAAACCAAGAAAGAGGAAAACGUUUCUAAAGAAAAAGUCGACAAAAAACAAAAAGAGAAAACGGAGAAGAUGGAGGUGGACGAGGUGAAGCAGUCACCAAAAACGACGAAGAAAGGCAAGAAAUCGAAGAAACAGGCACCAGUCUCUGACAAGCCUAUACCGCUACCAGCGCCGGAAGGAGCCGAAGCAAACGCGAAAUAAAGAUGGAACAAGUUUGCAAAUUGUUGCAACGAGAAACGAUGGUUUAGGAUUCGUGAUCCUGAUCCUGAAACCAACUUGGGGAGCCGAAGAUAAAAGUCUGGUGGUCUGGAAGAACCACAAGUCCUCGUCCUAGCUUUGUCGUUGAUCUUGGUGCCGGAUCGAAGCGUCGUGGAUCGACGUACUCGCAUGGUUGUUCAUCAGGAGAACUUUCUGAUCGACUUCGACAGGAAAACAGCGUUUUUAGCAUUCGUAGGCGCAUUGAACAACAAACGUUUCUUUCUUUUUUUGUUUUUUUUUUUUAUUUUUUUUUAUAAUUAUUAUCACAUUGGAUUAUCAUUUCAUGCGCUGCUAUUUGCAUUUGGAAGAGGCUGUUCCUGUCUUUAUUUUUUAGGAGAAAGGUCACCCGAGCACGGGGAAUACUAGUGCGAAAUUGAUUAGAAAAGUUUUCUGUUGCGAUUAUUCUCACUGGAAAAGGAAGAGAGACAGAUAGAAAGAGAGAAAGAGCAACGUGUGCAAAGCACAGUAAUUUCUGUUUUCAGUGACAAAAACUGAAUGAGUAACAGUUUUUAAAACUGUGACCGAACGAUCGACGAUAUGUGGUCAAACGUAAACCGCGAGGAGAAAAUUCCGUUACUUGUAUUUAGUGUAAAAAUUGUCGCUCGAAAGCAGAAAUUUAGCUCUUAACCUUUUGUAGCUCCUAUUUGUACGUUGUAUGCAGCAAACGUUUAUAGGCAUUCGACGAAUACGUUUCAAAAACAUUCACACGCAAAGAGUUGCAAUGUAAGAGUGUUUUGUUUCUUUUAUUUUUACCGAGUAACGUCACGUGCCAGACAUCAUCUUCCCUUCGUUGGACGAGCUGAAUGAAAGGGAAUAUAAUGUGUGAGAGAGAGGGAGCGACAGAAAAAGCACAAGAUAUUUUUGGUGUCUUGUAUUAUCAGGACCUAUGACUUGACCGAUAUCGAUAAUAGCUAAAGAAUUAAUUCAUUACGAUUACGUGAAUUUUUUUUAAUGCCGACGAUUUGCUUAACGAAAACGCGUUGGGAUCGUCGGAGACGAAUUUCAAUAACCGAAGCCACGUCCGUUUCUAGUAUUACAGCGCACGGCCUGAUUAACUAACUUUAUAUUACUAUUAUUAUUAUUAUUUAUAAUUUAUUGUACGUCCGUUGGGACGAUUUAAGGCGUGAGUCACGUGCGCUGAAUAUCACGCGUCUGGUGUCGCCGACGAAACACGUGUCUGUAUACGAACCGUGUACAUAUUGUUAGAAUUGUAUGUGUUCGUCUUGUAAGAAAUGAUGCAUCCCGUUUAUUGUUACCGAAUGUCGAUAAAGAACGUAUUCGAUGGACAAUUUUGAACGUAGCUUCAAGAUUUUCACUAAUUUCUACAUAUUAUUUAGGUGUUUUUCUCUUUUAGCGUAACAGAGAAUGGGGUGCAUCAUUUUAUGGUUCCUUGUUCAGGGUGAUACUCAUUACUUCCGACCUUUGUUUUUUUUUUCUUUUUUCUUCUGUAUAAUGUUGUUUACGAAUCCAUAGAGAUCACGUGCUUUCGAACCAGAAAUUUUGUAUUUUUUCCGGCGAAAAGCGUACAUGCGUGUGUAUGAGUGUAUGUGAGAAACAGACUGCGUGAAAGAAAAGACAGAGUGGCUGACUAAGAAAACAAAACAAAAAACUACACGGUAGAAGAUUGUAUAAAUAUGUGGCGAGAAUGUAACUAUUUUAUGAACAAACGCAUUCGAUGAAAA